AUAUCUAAAGCUACUUUACUGCAAAUUUGAAUAAUCUAAAGCUACAUCAACACUUAUUUGAGGUAAUUUGUGUGAAAGUAGCCUUAGAAUUUUUGAACGUUUAGUGUGAAAUUAGCUUUAGAAUUUUAACGCCUGAAAGUUUGCAACUUUGUAUACACCAAAAUUUUAACUUUUAACCUAAGAUUUUGUUUAUUUCGAGACGUUUGUUUGCAUUUAUUGUGUAAAAUUACUCUUAAAAAUGAGUAAACGCUCGCAAGAUGAUUAUAAUUACUACAAACACAAGAAACGACGACGUUCCCCUUCGCCUUCGCACUCAAGAGCAGAAGAUUCUACAAAAACUUUGAAAGAUGAAAUCAUUGAUUGGUAUGAUUUUAAACAUGAUUUGGUUGGAUAUUUGGAAAGCAAUUUUCAAAUCAAAGACACCGAGGAUUUCCGCUUCUAUACGAAAUAUCUAGCUGCCCAUCGCAUGAAAAUUUCGUCCGCUUCAGGCUCAAACUCAAUCACUGACAGAGGUAAACUUUUUCCAAUAAACUUUACAAAAUCUGCAACAAUUUUGUAUGAAAAAUUUCCAUUGUAUAAAAGAAAUGGAAAGAUACUGCCCUCUAAUCAAAAGUCUUUUGAUAUUUUAUUAGAAGCUGUGAGGACAUAUCAAGACUUUCAACAGAAAGGCAAGUUUAACAAGUUAAGGCAGUUGAGAAAGAGUCAAACUGACUUGCCUAUUGCAGCCUAUAAGCAGGAAAUUAUGCAUGAAUUACAACAACCUGGAGUGUUGUUAAUUGCAGGUGAUACAGGCUGUGGAAAAAGUACUCAGUUACCACAAUAUGUGCUAGAAGCAGGAUUUAAACGUGUUGCUGUCACACAACCAAGACGAUUAGCAUGCGUAUCGUUAGCGAAUCGCGUGGCAUUUGAAACAUUAAGCACGUAUAAACAUCAAGUCGGUUUUCAAAUAAGAUUUGAGAAGCAAAAGAAUAAAAAUACUAAUGUUAUAUUCUUAACUGAAGGUAUUCUAUUGCGGCAAGCAUCCGAUGGCGAUGUUUUAAAAGGCUACGAUUGUAUUGUCCUUGAUGAAGUCCAUGAAAGACAUUUGAAUAUGGAUUUUCUGGUUGGUAUCAUGAAAUGUUUGCUCAGACAACAAAAACUUAAACUUGUUCUUAUGUCAGCGACAAUAAACUUGCGUUUAUUCGAGGAAUAUUUUACAAGUGAACAAGUAAAAACAAUCAAAGUACCAGGUAGAUUGUAUCCCAUUGAAAUAAUCUAUAAACCUGUAUUAAAAGAUGCGUAUGAUUCAAAGCGCAAAGAUCGUUUUGAUUCCCAACCGUAUUUAAAUAUUCUAGAAUUGAUUGAUGCCAAAUAUAAACCGCAUGAGAAAGGUGAUGUGUUGAUAUUUUUGCAAGGCUUGCAAGAAAUACAAAAAUUAUCUGCAUCUGUACAGGAUUAUGCUGAGAUUAAAAAGAAUUGGAUUGUUUUGCAGUUGCACAGCAGUUUGAGCCUGGAGGAACAGGAUAAGGUGUUUUAUCAAGCACCUGAAAAUGUACGCAAAUGUAUUAUUUCAACGAAUAUUGCAGAAACUUCGGUUACCAUUGACGGUGUACGAUUUGUAAUUGAUAGCGGGAAGUGUAACCGCAUGUUGUAUGAAAGAUGUGGCGUGAAUCGAUUGUUCACCACGGAUAUCUCACAGGAUUCAGCGAAGCAACGCGCGGGUAGAGCUGGCAGAACUGGACCGGGGCAUUGUUAUCGUUUGUUUAGCGAGGAGGAUUUGUCUAAGUACGAAGCGGUACACACCGGGGAGAUUCAUUUGGUGCCUUUGGAGAAUCUAGUGCUGAAUAUGGUCACUUUGGGAUUGAGUGAUGUGCACAAGUUUCCGUUUCUAGAGAAACCCGCCGAUGAGAAACUUGUGCAAGCGGUUGAAAGGCUUUUGUUUCUUGACGCGCUGAAUAAAACAAAGGAAGCGCUUGUUUUGACCACAUUGGGUGAUGCAAUGUCUAAACUUCCAGUGGAUUUAACCAUUGGUAAAAUGUUGAUUACCUCGACGAUUUUUGGUGUUAUGGAUGCCGCUUUAACUUUGGCGUCACUUAUGAGUGUGCAGCCUCCACUCAAUGAAAAUCGAUUCUUUGACACGAAGGAAUCUCGCGAUCCUUAUGUUUCCAAUCAUGGGGAGCCUGUAACUUUGUUGAAUUUAUACAAAGCAUGGUUGGAAGUUAAACUUGAUGGUGGUUCCUACAAUAGAAGACGUUCUGAAGGUGAGAAUUCCAGGAAAUGGUGUAGGUCGCGUGGUAUUGAAGAACAACGUUUUUAUGAAGUGACAAAACUCGUUCAACAGUUCAGGGAGAUUUUACAGGACGCUGAACUUAUUCCGAAGUUUGAGGAUAAUCUUUCUGGACGUGAGAGGCAACAGAGGCACGGAGAGUUGAAACAAUUGAAACGAUUGCGUGCUGAUUUAAAGAACGAAGCGAAACAUUCCAAGAAGCGGCUUUCUCAUCGAUCUUAUAAUGACGAUGAGGAUGAUGACAACGCACAAGGGCAUGAUAUUAAAGAUGUAGAGUUUAGGAUUGUUAAUGAUUUUUCCAAAGUACAGAAAUUACUCUCCCAGACUAAAACGGAUAGUUUUAAGGAUCUUAUGUUGUUGAAGGUGCUUCUUACCGGUGCACUCUAUCCACAAAUUGCAGUGGAAGAUGAACACAAUUCUUCGAAGACCGUUAAUGAGCGUUUGUAUCAUACUAAGUAUAAAAAUUACGUUUUUCUACGCCCUACGAGUUACUUUGCAGAAAAUCCAGAGUUUUUUAACAUCCCUGACUCGGAUAUUGAAGUUCCACCAGCGGGAUAUUUCAGUAAGAAGCCUCUCAGUUCGAAGCAUCAACUUUUGGUAUUCCAGAAAUUAUUGGAGACCAAAAAGACUUACUUGAUGAAUGUCUAUCGGAUGCCAGCGCUGCAGACUCUGCCUUUUGGGCGCAACUUGUGUCUUAAUCGAACUUUUACAAAGUUGGCCGUAGAUGAUUUUUUGUUUAUUGAAAUUCCAAUUGUAAAUCAGGGUUUGAAAUUAGUGUUGGAAGCCGCCAGAUUGCGCAAGGAAAUGAAGGAAUUAUUGGAGAGAAAGUUAAAGAGUCAAGAUUUAAGUAGUGUGCAGGAUGAUUCAAGAAAUAUUGAAUUAUUAGAUGGUAUUAUUAAAUUUAUGUCUACUGUGCCUGUUUACAACAUAAAAAGAUUGCUGCCUGCUGAUGUUAAGUCCAUGUAUACUUUUGAAGAAAGUGAUUUUACUAAGAAAGAUAAAAAUCCUUUCGAUAAAGAUUUCACACCGAGUGCGAAUGAAUCCAAGGGCGGUGUGAAUGUCACCGAGAAUAUCAUCUGGGAUUGUUUGCCUAUGGAUGGUUAUGACAUUGACGUGGAGUCUUCGCUGCUUGAGACUCCUUGCGAAAAGUGCAACACGAAUCAGUAUUUCAUGUCUAUGUGGGAGUUUCUGCUACAUUCUCAAGUGUCAUGCGAAAGUUUAACGAAAGAAAAGCAAGAAAUUGUUGUGCCUGUGAAUAAUAAACCUGUGGCGGCGAAUGCGAAAACUUACACAUGCGAUAAAUGCAAACAAAAUUUAGUUUUAUCACCUGUUGACUUUCUUAAGCAUAAAAAGUAUUGUGUUCCUAUAAAACAAGAAAAGUUGUGAUUUUACUGAAUAAGAUUUAUGGUAGUAAUUAUUGUAAUUAAUAUAUAUAUAUACAAAUUGUAAGUUUAAAAUAUA